CGAGGGGCGGGGAGCCGCGGCUCGGCCGGCCCAGGCUGGCUUGGCGGCGGCGGCGGCGGAGGCUGCAGUGGCGGCCGGCAUGGGCGAUGGGGUCGCUGAACGAGACCUCGGCCCCGCGCGCCGGGCGGAGUGUGGUGGCAGCAGUGGGCGCAACGGAGACCUCGGUGGAGCGGAGGACUUGCGAGCGGAUGGGGGUGGCCGAAGCCCAAGGGAGACUGCGGGGACCUCGGCUUCCAGCCCCGCAGGCUCCAGAGAGAGCAGCGCCGACAGCGACGGGCAGCCCGGGCCCGGCGAGGCGGACCACUGCCGCCGCAUCCUGGUACGAGAUGCCAAGGGGACUAUCCGAGAAAUUGUCCUGCCCAAGGGCCUGGACCUGGACCGACCCAAGCGGACCCGCACGUCCUUCACUGCCGAGCAGCUGUAUCGCCUGGAAAUGGAGUUCCAGCGCUGCCAGUAUGUGGUGGGCCGGGAGCGCACCGAGCUGGCCCGCCAGCUGAACCUCUCCGAGACCCAGGUGAAGGUCUGGUUCCAGAACCGCCGCACCAAGCAGAAGAAAGACCAGAGCAGAGACCUGGAAAAGCGGGCAUCCUCCUCCGCCUCUGAGGCCUUUGCCACUUCCAACAUUCUGCGGCUGCUGGAGCAGGGCCGACUGCUGUCCGUGCCCAGGGUACCCAGUCUCCUGGCGCUGACGCCCGGCCUGCCGGACCUGCCUGCUGACCACAGGGCCGCCUCCUUGGGUGACCCCAGGAACUCCUCUCCACGUCUCAACCCUCUGCCCUCGGCCUCGGCAUCACCCCCGCUGCCGCCCCCUCUGCCAGCCAUCUGCUUUUCCACAGUCCCGCUUCUGGACCUGCCUGCUGGCUACGAACUGGGCUCCUCAGCCUUUGAGCCCUACAACCGGCUAGAAAGGAAAGUAGGCAGUCCUGGUGGCGGCGGCAAGAAAGCUAACACAUAAGACUCCCACCCCUGCGCGACUCUGAGUCCCCAGCACAGCACUGCCCCAGCCCUCCGGCCCCAGAGGACUGCUCCGAGCGGCCCUUCAGGGAGGGCAGCAGUGGCAGCCCUGUCCCCACCUGCCCUCAGCUCAGAGACUCGACCAAACGGCCUUGGUCCCACAGCUUGUGUGUGAGUGCAGUGUGUGUGUGUGUGUGUGUGUGUGUGUGUGUGUGUGUGUGUGAGUGUACUGCGCAUCUCUCACUGAAAUAAAGGAAAACACGCCAAGAAGGGAACCACUCCCCGUAGCCACCUCAUUCCCUCCCAUCCCUGUCCUCGCUGCAAAGGCAAAUGGCUUAAGAGUGAGAGGACCUCAUACGGGACAGGGUAGAACCUGGGCCACAGGCCGGUCAGGGCAUCCACAUGUGGGCUCAGCAGCCCCCCCCUUCCCACUCCUCAGUGAGCUCCCAGCCAGAGCCUUCACCCUCCAGUAGUGACAUCAGCGCUUUCCUGCAAGCCUCUCUUUCAAACUGAGAAACAUUUGAGAGGGGAAAAGAACAAAGCCCUCCAGGGGAAUGAAGGACCCAAGGUGACAGCAGAUGCGGAAAGAGAAGGGCACACAGGGUAAGCCCAGGCAGCCCUGUGUUUACAUACGGCCUGUGGGGCAAACACUGCAACAGGAAACACUCUUUAGAAAGCUUUCCCACUCAAGGUUUUUAGCUUUUAUUCUGCAGUAAUUGUACAUUUAUAGGAAGCUGCAAAGAUAGGACAGAGGAGUCUCUUCACCCAAUUCCUCCAGUGGUUUAUCUUCCAAAACUAGUAUAAUAUCAAACUCGGGGUUGACACUGGUAUUCUGUGUUUAGCUCCGUGUCAUUUUAUCACCUGCGUAGACUGCAAAGCCACGAUGCAGUCAGGAUGCAGCUCAGCUCCGCCACCACCAAGGGGCCCCUUCUAGUCACAUCCACUACUGCCCUCAACGGAAUUCUUCGCCGAGCUGGGAAUCAGGUUGGAGGAGCCAGGGACCUGAAACAGUUCCUCAGCCAGAGAAUUCGGGGUGAGGGCUGGACCAUUUGUGAUGGAAAAACAAGCAGUCUAUUCCAGGCUGCUCUGGGGAACACAGUUUCAAAUUGGUGCCUUUGCUCGGUACCUCCACUGGGGGGCUGCAAGAUGGGGAUCCUCACAACAGCACCCUACCCUUCCCUCCAUAUCGCCUGGGAAACGCUGAGUCUAAAUGAGACAUGGGGGUGCCCCAGGGACCUUGGAUUAGGCCCACUCGGCCACCUCCCUGCAUCCAUUCUGCCGACCCACCACACCUGUGCUGCCUCUGCUCUCUGCACGAAGGGGGCCUUGGGAAGCAGCAGCUGGUCUUGUAUGGAACAAGGAGAGGCUGUGGGCACAGCUUGAUUUGUAAUCCCAAAUAUUUAGACAUGCAAUAUAGGGGCCUCUAUUUAUACUCUCUGUCCUAGGCUGAGAAUGCCAGGCCCUAGAAUCAGACUAAGAAACAAGCCCUGAUUCUCGGGGAGUUCCCAAUAGCACAGGACAGGUGUAAGGAGACCUAGCUAGGUCUGAUGGAAGAGUCACCGGCUCAGCUUAUGGCUCACACCAGUGGCAGCAACAUGAGAGACCUGCCCUAAGGUAAGUGCUAGGGAAUCCAGGGGCUUUAGGAGGUGGCAGCGACACUGGCCAGGAGAGAAUCCUCUGUAGAUGUUGGGAAAAGACCCUGAUAGUAUUGUGUAGGGUAUGGGGGGCAGGUUGGGAGGCCAGCAAGGAGAGGGCAGCCUGCCAGAAAAGUCUGGCAUGGAGAGGAGACAAGGAACCUGAGGGGUGUGGGAUGCCCACUCUCUGUGGGCUGUGGGCUGUGGGCUGUGGGCUGUGGGCUGUGGGCUGCGGGCAGAGGGCAGCCAAGCACAGAGGUUAGAGAAGCUGCAUUCCAGCUCUGCCCUUCCCCUCGCCACCCUCCAGCUCCCAG